AUGAACUCUACGACCGGCAACAGCACAUCCAACGGCAAUGGCACAUCCGAGAUCACUCAACAGCCACCAUUGAGCUUGCGCCCAUACCGCCAUAUGCUGUUCAGCAAUGGCUACGUCUACGCUCCUAAGCCUGUAGAGCCUUUCGUACCCGCAUCUCCACCGAAUGUCGCAGUCUUCCUUGCCAAUGGCACCGGCUUCAAAUCUGGCCCACAGCCCAAUGGCCUUGAACCUGGCGAGAUGGGUGAUGGCCCAUAUCACGAAGGAGAUCCAGCCUUCUUCUUCGAUGCAAAGGGAGCCGCGCUUGGCUGUGACAAUGCUGGCCCUGGACCAUGUACGUUGGAAGUCACGAGCAUGGUUUGGGACAACAGGACCAGAGACGAUAUUCCUUCCGAAUCACAGAACUACACCUUGCCAGCCUGCGAAGGCUUCCAGGACUGCCAGUUGACCAAAGUCGACUUCCCAUCUUCGUUUCGCAAGCUGAGCGGACUGCGAAUGCGUGCCGUUCGUAAUCAAGAGCCACGAAUGUUUUUCGUGGAUGACAUGAGAAUGCGCUGGGCGGAUAAUUCCUGCGCUGCUGGGAUGAAGAGACAGCGCAGUCAGUAA